UGGCCUGUGAGAAUUAUCAUUAGAUCAUUUAGUUUGGAACUUACCUUGUAAGUACUGCACCAUUAAAUAAAUCACUGCUUAGACUUAAAUUUCAUUUUUCAGUUUAUUCUAUAUGUUCUAUUCUAUAUGUACCUUAUCAUUUGUCAUGUGAAGAGUGCUGAACUUAUUAAAAGUUCAUUGCAUUUGGUAUUUGAUUAAGUUGGACUUCGGUAAGUUUGCACCUUUCGUGGAAAUACUAAAGAAAUGACCUGAUGGGCAAUACCCCAUUUGCAGUGAAAUGUUGCAAUAUAUGCAAAAUGUGUGUACUUCGUCAAGAGUUUUAAUUUCUUCAAUGUUUACCGAAUUUCCAACCCAAUCACAGUAUGGUCUGUUCGAAUUGAUUUUUCAGGUCUCAUUUGGAGGUUUGAAGGUUCUGGGACUCUAUGGAUUAGACAGUGAGUUAUGGUUCCACCAACUUUGCUCAAGGACACCGACCUUCAGAGAAUUGGAAGAAUUAACAAUUUACGAAUGCGACAAGAUAAGGAACUUGUUUUCUUCUUCUUCAAUCGGGGCCUUGGUGAAUCUGAAGGAACUAGUGAUAGACGGCUGCUCACAGAUUGAAGCUGUAAUUGUAGAUGAUGAAGAAGGAGAGGGAAUGAGCAUGAAGCUUCAAUUUCUUAAAUUGGAAAAAUUAAGGCUGAUUGCCUUACCAAAGUUGGGAAGCUUUAGCCAAAGCAAACAUGCUCUACAAUUUCCCUCGCUGGAGAGCUUGUGUAUCUGCAAUUGCGGUGAAAUGCAGACCUUUGCCCAAGGAUACAUAAAUACACCAAGAUUGAAGGACUUUCAAAUAAAUUUUGAAUCCUUUCCGGUGAAUGACAUAAAUAAUUCCUUACGCCAUCAAUUUGAGAAAAAGCAUGCAAAACAAAAGGAAGAAGUAGCAGAAACAAUAGUCACGGAAGAAGAGGAGGAUGAUGUGCCACAGGAAAUUCAUGCAAAUGAUGAAGAAAUGGAAGAAGUAGCAGCAGAUCAAAUAACAGUUGAAGUAGAGAAGGAUGAGAAAAAAGAAAUAAUGGAAGAAGAAGCAGAGCAAAUAACAACUGAUCAUGGUAGCAACCUUAUUUUCAACGACAAGAAUUGAAAGUGCAGAAGAGGAAUCCUACAAGUCUAUCACGUAUUCUAACUCGUAUUCUGGAGUUGAUGUUGACCUGAAAGCUGAGUUUACAUUUGUUAGCUGAUCAGUUUGCACCUUUGUUACUUGUGAGCCCCAUAUGUCCUUCCGUUGGAGUCGUUCUACUUUGUCUUAAUUACUUUUGGUUGUUGUUUAAGUCUCCAAGACUAUUAUGAAUUUUCUUGUUCUUGUGUUUUCUCCAUGAUUCCAUGAAAGAUUUAUGGGGUUGUAUUUAGUAUUUGCGGCACCAUGUUUAAGCUUUCUCUGGAUAGUUAUUAUGCUUAAACUUUUUAAAAUGUAAUAAAGAUAUGUUGUGAGGUACGUUGAAUUUGUAUGAUACUGCUUGAGGUUGAUCAGGUUGA